UCCCCUCGGCUUUCUUCUUGUCGGUGUCCGCGGCGGACCCAGAGCCCGGCUCCGGCGGCGACGGCGCCAUGGCGGAGCUGACGGCUCUGGAGAGUCUCAUCGAGAUGGGCUUCCCCAGGGGACGCGCGGAGAAGGCUCUGGCCCUCACGGGGAACCAGGGCAUCGAGGCCGCGAUGGACUGGCUGAUGGAGCACGAAGACGACCCCGAUGUGGACGAACCUUUAGCGACUCCCCUUGGACAUGUCCUGGGACGGGAACCAACCUCUUCAGAGCACGGUGGCCCUGCAGGACCCGGGUCUACCGCAGGAGAAGGAAAACCCAGUUUGAGUGAAGAGGAGAGACAGGAACAGACUAAAAGGAUGAUGGAGCUGGUGGCCCAGAAGCAACGGGAACGUGAAGAAAGAGAGGAGCGGGAGGCGUUGGAACGGGAACGGCAGCGCAGGAGACAAGGGCAGGAGUUGUCAGCUGCCCGACAGCGGCUACAGGAAGAUGAGAUGCGCAGGGCUGCUGAGGAGCGGAAGAGGGAAAAGGCUGAAGAGUUAGCAGCCAGACAAAGGGUUCGAGAAAAGAUUGAAAGGGAUAAAGCCGAGAGAGCCAAGAAGUAUGGUGGUACUGUGGGUUCUCAGCCAUCCCCAUCAGCAACAGAGCCAGGUCCUGUUCCCUCCUCUCCCAGCCAGGAGCCUCCCACCAAGCGGGAGUACGACCAGUGUCGCAUACAGGUCAGGCUGCCAGAUGGGACCUCACUGACCCAGACGUUCCGGGCCAGGGAACAGCUGGCCGCCGUGAGACUCUAUGUGGAGCUUCACCGUGGGGAGGAGCCAGGAGGGGGCCAGGACCCUGUGCAGUUGCUUAGUGGCUUCCCCCGACGGGCCUUCUCAGAGGCUGACAUGGAACGGCCUUUGCAGGAACUGGGACUUGUGCCUUCUGCCGUCCUCAUCGUGGCCAAGAAAUGUCCCAGUUGAGGGGCUUUUAUCCUACCAUCCCUCUCUGACCUCUUCAUCUUUGAUAAAGCACUGACAUCCUCUUCCUAAUAAAUAGAUCCUCUGAGUUCUGUA